AUGGGCGAAUUCGGGUCUAACCGAGCAGCAUGGCUGAUAGCUGGCUUCCUAGGGCGCAAGUUCAUGAAGGAUUUCCUGGGACGAUGGAGCGUCAUCCCGGUCUUGGCCGUAGCCGCCUGCUUGUGGAACAAGUGGAGAGCGAGGCAGCUCGAAGGAAAGCUUGAGCAGUGCAAGCUAGAGGAGGUCCGCCGGAGCACACGGCGACAGCUGCAGCUCCUCCGGAAGAAAUCGGCGGCCGGAGCGUUGCCCCCUCGAGCAGCAGCAGGCUGCACCUCCGUAUUGCGCCAGCGACAACAACAACAACAGCGGAGACCGGGCGACCGUCUCGGUGGCAUCCCCAGCGCCUCGAUCUCCACGACUCCGAAGCAGCAGGAAGCGCAACGGCAACACCUGUCCCCGACCGCCGCCGCCGCCGCCGCCGCCGCCUCCGCUGCCGGCGGCGGUGCCACGGCAGCGUCAGCAGCCCCAAAAGACGCGCUGGCGUCGGAGCUGUGGGCAUGGCUAGGAGGGGUUGGGUCUGGACGGCGGUCGUGCAGCGCAGACAGGCCUAAGUGCUCGUCGUCUCCACGUUCCGGCGGCGGAGGCGGCGGCGGCGGCGGCAGCGGCGAGUGGAGGGGCGCAUUUUACAACCGCAUGGGCAACCUCCCGCGACGAAACGCUUUCAAGACGGCCCGAGGCAAGGUUUACUUGAGAGGCGGCCGUAUCGGAUCGGGGGGGACACGCGAAGGGGUACAAGCCCCACCCCUGGGGGGUCUCGCGUCGGUGCGCGAAGAGGAUGAGGGGGUAGCCGUCGUCUCCACUUGA